AUGAGUUACGCAGCGUCUGCACCUCCAAAACCUUCAUCAGCGCCACCUCAUACGACAUUGCAACGAACUGUUCGAGGAGCAGCGAGUAGCGGCGCACCAGCACGUGUCAUCCCGCGUUUCCACUUCCCCAAAGGUCGACCUCCUCCGGGCCACCAGCAAGACCACGCACUCCAUAAAGUGCAAUCAGCAUUUGCCACCUUCCCCAACAGCCAGGUUCCCCGUGAAAGCUUUAAACACAUAGUAAAAGCGUGCGAGUGUCCUCUCUACUGGAAGAUGCCGCUGUUCCUUGCGACCCAGCAGAACCUACACGUCCCCGUUGAUGGGCACAAAUUCAUAGAUUACUGGAGAGACAUGACGUCACAGUGCCACGACCACGCCUCCCGCUUCGUCCACAUACUAACACGAGGGAAGAGUAAUACUUUGGCACCGGAAGAUUUCGUACCCCUAGUUCAAGACGUCGUAGAUACACAUCCCGGACUUUCUUUCCUCAAAGAAGCCACUGAGUUCCACUCUAGAUACGUGCAUACUGUGAUCGCUAGGAUAUUUUACUGUGUGAACCGAUCUUGGUCCGGCAGAAUUAGCAUCCCCGAGCUAAGAAGAUCGAAUUUACUUCAAGUUAUACAAUUAUUAGAAGAUGAAGAAGACAUUAAUCAAGUUACACAAUUCUUUAGUUAUGAACAUUUCUACGUCAUCUAUUGCAAGUUUUGGGAGUUGGACAGAGACCACGACUUGUUUAUAGACAAACACGAUCUCGCCAGACACAAUGACCAUGCCCUGUCAAGUCGCAUGAUCGAGCGAGUCCUUUCCGGAUGCGUGACGAGAGGCAAUCAGAACCGACUCACACCGGACGGCGAGCCUCGUAUGUCAUAUACCGAAUUCGUAUGGUUUCUUCUUGCUGAAGAGGACAAGACACAUCCUACAGCCAUCGAAUAUUGGUUCAGGUGUAUGGACGUAGACGGUGAUGGUUAUAUAUCAAUGUAUGAGCUAGAAUACUUUUACGAAGAACAGAUGCAGAGGAUGGAAGCCAUCGGCAUUGAGACUUUGCCUUUCAACGAUUGCUUAUGUCAAAUGCUGGACAUGGUACAUCCAGCUGAAGAAGGCAAGAUAACAUUGACAGAUCUGAAGAGGUGUAAGUUGACACCGAUAUUCUUCGACACGUUCUUCAAUCUGGAGAAGUAUCUAGACCAUGAGCAGCGCGAUCCAUUCGCUACACAACGUGACUCUGAUUGUGAGAUGUCAGAAUGGGAUAGGUUUGCGGCGGAAGAAUACGAAUUGCUGGUCGCAGAAGAGGGCGGUAGUGACGCACAGGACCAAAUGCAGUUAUAUAGGAUAAUGAGAGAAUCAGAGAAAAAGAAAUGUAUGAAUCGUUUCAUUGAAUUGUGCAGAAGGAGGAAGACAGAUCUGGCUAUUCUAGGCUCAUACGAUGAGACAGAUGAGGAUUGUUUAUCACCGAACCUGGACGACAUCACUAAUACUGAAGCAAUCGAAGACUCCAGCGUGGAGGAGUCAACGCUAAGCGAGUGUGCUGCAGGACCACGCCGAGAACCAGCCCGACCUGUCCACCUCAGCCACCAUGCUCAUCCUUUGGGACCCGGGGCUACGUCGAUCUCCGGUUAUGUCAAUCUUAGCUCCAUAUACUCAAUAGGUGGUGACCGAUGGGCUAACACACAAAACCCAAACACAAAAAACGGUCUGGGCGAUAAAAAACUCCCUACCGAGAAACCAGUCCCUCCCGAGAAACCCGUGAGCCUUAUGAUGGUUAACGGUAAAAUGGACAACAGAUACGCGGGCUUCGGAAACAACAGUUUUCUAUACUCUCAACUUUUGGGCACGAGUGGUACGCGAACGAAGGAUCCCCCAUCGUACACGGCAGCGACAAGCGGAGCAUUCGAUCAAACAAGUGAAAAAACGAAACCUGUGACGUCACCGAUAUCGCCAGUAACGAGCCCCGUGAAUGGGAUCAAUAAGAUCUCAGACAACUAUGAGCGGGCGGUGGCGGAACGUCUCAGCCCACAGAGAGAAAUCUCUAGACUGAAUCGCAGCAGCCUCUUUAGCAAAGUUAAUACCGGUGUGGUGUCCAGCAAAGUGAAAAAGAAAAGUGCUCGCCAAGACGAAGAGGAUGAAGAUUACGCUCGCGACAGCGACGAAUGUUCCCUUUAG